AUGUCGCGGACGCUCGCUCUUGCUUCUGGGUCUGUCCCUGGCCAGCUAUCGCGAGUGCCAGGCGGGGCAGGUGUCAACGGCCACUCCAUCAUCAAUCCGUACGGCCGUGACGUCGAGGGGCACGCAAGAGGCCGCCCUGGCCCACAGACAAAUAAUAUGCCUCCGCCUCCGCCGCAGGCGUACUGGCGACCGCAGAACGCUUCCGACCUCUCGCCACCCAGCACGUCGAGCUCACCGCCGGCCGCAGCGAGCACGAGCACGAUGCAAGUCGAGCCGUUCCAGAGCCCGCCCUCGCUGCUUUAUCGCCGCUCGCUCGUCGACGACCCUGCCUUCUCCCGUAGCAGCGCGCACAACCCCGAGCGCUGGGCGCCCCAGGGCGCGAUCGACCCCGAUUUUCUGCGCGGGUCGUAUGUGGUCCCCUUUCCGGCUGGCGUGCUUUCGCCUCCGCCGCCUGGCGCCCAGCACUCGCCCGACUCUGAGCCCUCUUCCUUUGCUUCCUCCUCGACCAGUCUCGGAAUGCGGCCCUCGCCACCCACGAGUAUCGAAGACGAGCCCCCGUCGGCGAGACUGGCCUAUCUGGAUCGAGACGAAUCGCCGCAAUCUUCACCGGAGCACACACACAUUAUUCUGCCGUCGCCUGCUGCGCGCGAGAAGAUGCGGGAGGUCGAGCGAGAACGUGCGGCGGUAGCUAUGGGCGCCAAGGAACGUGAGGCCUACGACUUUGCCCGUCAUGGACCGGCGCUCCAGCGGGCGCCUAGCAGCGGCAAGGGCCGGGAUCUGCCAGCACCGCCGCCAUCACAGGGAAUGGAGGAAUGCCCGCCAUACGAGGAGACCGUGGACCCGGGAACGGGCUCGACGACGCUCGCCGGCCACCCGGCGAAUAGACUCACUCGGGCGGAAAAGGGAGCCCCGCUCGUGCUCUCCUACCACGCACCUCCUCCUCCUUCGCCUUCUCCCGAGCCACCAUCUAUGCCUCUUCGCAAACCGGACCAUCGCCGCGUACACGUACAGGAACAAGAACCCACGCCUGACCAGCCAAGCUCCAGCAAGGGAAAGCAGGCUCGCAAACCCGCCGUCUCCCGCAGGCACUCGUCAAAGCCCCCACCGCGUGACCUGGACAGUAUCGAUGAGCUUGAUGAAUCGAGCCCUUACAACGUCGCCAUCCACCACCGGGGUCCGUACGAUGCCAUCGCUCGCACCGGCUCCCGCGACCCGCGCGCUGGGAAAGCUGUCAAGGCUCAUCGCCCCUCUCCGACGGUCGACAACCCGCUCAAGCUAAACCUCAAGCCCGGCCAAGUUCUCUCCGGUUCUAUCUUCCAGCCUCCGAGCCAGCGCCAGCCCACGUUCAGCCAACCGCUCAACAUCUUCGCAGGCCCGCCACUUCAGCCCGCGCACGCUUCUCGGCCGCACCCUCAUUUUGCGAGUCCGCCCCACGAAUCGCCGUACCAGCAUGCUCAUUCGCUGUCGACUCCCCGAGAUUCACACUCAUCCCUCCAUGCGACGUCUGCACCCGCGCCUGCAUCUCAGCCCGCACCGCCCAUGCCCUAUCUUGACCCCGCUCUUUUUCCCGAUCUUAACGGCGCAAACGCACUGCCAUCGGCGCCAGGCGAUUCCAGCACCCUUCCCGCUUCUCUUCCUUCUGGAAGCGCCUCCCAUUCGUCCCUCAAGCUGCCGCCUCCGAAUUCCAGACCCAACCCCAGCGUUCCUUCAUCUCACUCAAACUCAAGUAGCAGCCUUCCUUCUGUUCCUUCUGCCGCGACCCCAAAUACGCACUCGGUCAACGCGACCUUCCCGCCCAAUCGCCGCACGAGUCUGCAGUCGCACAGCUACACAUCUUCACCCAAUGGCUCGUCGGCUUCCUUGGCCGAGUCUGUGAGCAGCACCAAGCGUGGUGCGCAUAGCCGUCCCCCGUCGUUUGUCGGCGCGAAAAGGCCGGAAAGCUAUCACGCUGGACAAGUCCCGGGAAGGGAUGCAUUCUAUGCACAAGGACGAGAAGCGCACGACUCGUUCUUUGGUCCGCAGACGCCACCGCAACUUCCCGCUGGGCUCGGUCAUGCCGGAAUGAGCAGCGCGCCUUCCCUCGUGCAGAGAGGCGGGAGCUACCAGGACUACCAGCAGGCACCUCAACCGCAACUACCGAUGCCCACACCGGUCCAAGUCCAGUCUCCGCGGGAUCGCGCCUCGAUGCCCCCACCUUCGCCCCUUGGCGCGCAGCCUAUGUCGGCGUCCGAAUUCCUGCCUCAAACACGGGGGCAGUCGAGACACGCGUCGAUGCCACCACCUGCUUCACCUGCGAUGGUGGGCCCGCCUCUUAUGGUCACUCCGCCAGAACAAGAACCUGCCUCGCGCUACGAGGCACCUUCUUCUCGCCUCGCGGCACUCAAUGCUUCCGGCGGGAUAUACGGUCCGAAUGUCGACCUGCGUACGGGCUCCAAUGUGGACAUACGCACUGGUCUUCAGACACCGCUUGACCCGCGUUCGCUCUCUUCCGUCGACGUUCGCAGCGCUCGUACGGGUGCGUCUUCCGUACGCACGGGUGGUAGCCAAGGUCCGCUAGCCCCGCGGCAUAUUCCUCGCAAGCUCGUCAUGCCUACGCCGCUCGCGCAAUCCAUGCCCGCGCCGCCGCCGAUGAUGUCGUCUCAGUCGCAUUCGAACCAUGGGCAUGAGACGCACCCCCCUGUCUCGAACCAUGGGCAUGGCUCUAAUCAUGGUCACGGCGGCGGUCCUGCAGCGCCUCCGUAUCUUCCCCGCGGUGCGGCGCCACCAGCUCCAGACGGCGCGCCGGCUGUUCGGUUCGCGCAAGCAGCCGUACAGCCCGUGCCGCUCCCCACUCCGCCUACUCGUGGACGCGAGCAGUCGGGACUGAGGAAGGCUGCUACCAUCACACGGUAUGACGAAGCCUCGAGAGGGAACCUGCUCAAGAAGAAGAACGCGCCUGCGCCGAGCGAGAGAGCGAGGAGUGUCAGUCCCGUCAAGGAAAAGAGCGGAGGGUUCUUGGCGGCUAUCUUCGGGUUCGGAGAGGGCGGAGGUAAAGAGAGGGCGAAGGAGAAAGAGGGCGUAAGGAGGACGCAGAGCGUCGCUGUACGUGAGGCACCGCUCGCGGAUAUGAGGAGGGCGGCGACGGUGAAAGCUGGGAAGGAGGACAAGGAGAAACCGAGGCGAUUGUUGAGCAAGCGCCGAUGA